CUUAUUCACUUUGUCUCUCUCUCCUUUUUUCGUGUGUGGGUUUCGUCAUUUUUGUUACACUAGAUAGCCAGUAUUUGAGCUCCGAAAUCUCCGUUAGACAUGGGGUAUCUGCUAAAAGAGGUGCUCAAGACUCUUUGCGGUUCGAAUCAGUUGUCUUAUGCUGUGUUCUGGAAGAUCGGCUGCCAAAACCCUAAGCUGCUAAUAUGGGAAGAAUAUCACUAUGAAUCCUCAAAUUCUUCUCUGCCUGCAAGCAUUUGUGGAGCUGGGAGUACUGAGCUACCGUUUGGAGAGUGGGAAAGACUAUUGAUGUCAUCUGAAACUUGCCCUUCUCAGCUUGGAAGUCAAGUGGGAGAUCAAGUCUCGGCACUUAUUAACAAAAUGAUGAUUAGUAAUCAGGUCAAUAUAGUGGGUGAAGGGUUUCAGAAUAGUUGGGCGAGCUGCAUUUACUGGAAACCAUCAAUGGAUUCUUUCAAAUAGUUAUGAUAAAUAUGUCCAUCCCCCAGAGAUCUUAAAUGAGAUGUGUCACCAAUUUUCAGCUGGCAUGUAGGUUUGCUGUCUUUAUCUGCCAUCUGCUAUUUUUGUCUAAUCUUUGUCCUGCUCGUUUGGAUCGUGGUGGAGGCUGGUGGAGCUAGUAAUGAGACCGAUUCGAUCCUCGCCAAGUCGGGACUCCGGACCAUUCACGUUGGAUUCGAGCAGCGGAUGCCGAAUUCUUGGGAGGGUCGUCAUCAAUUGGAGGCUCGGAUGAGGCUUUGUGCAUUGAGGUGAGUUCAUGGUACUU